AUGAAGCAUCCUGGAGUACUCCAAGUAGCAGUGACAGGUAUACCAGACAGGGAGUGCGGGGACCUGGUGGUGGCGUGUGUUGUACCCAAGCCUGGCUGCAGCCCCACAGCGCAGGAGAUCAAAAACCUGGUCAAAGAUUCGCUGACUGACUCGAAACAACUGAGAGGAGGUGUGAUCUUCUUGAAGGAACUGCCAACGACCAGCACGUCGAAAAUCAAUAGACAGAAACUAAAAGAGAUGGUGCUAGACUUACCUAGAGAAUAA